AGGCCCAGCAGCUCGUGUUCCUGCACGCCAUCCACCCCGCGUCUCGCUGCACAGCAGAGAGGGCAGGACACAGUGGAGCCGCACUGCUGCAAGGCGGCUGUGGCGGAGAGGAUUGUGGAGCUCAUUGAGGAGCUGCCUGAUAACUCUCCACCCGGCGCCGUCCUCGCUAACUCCCUGAUUGCUGUGGGCAACCUCAGCACCAUGACACCUGCCCUGGAGCCAGAGCUGGAGACCCACCUCCUCCGAGCUGCCCUGCACGCCGUCUUCACCCUGGGCAUGGAGAAGGACACCACCCAAGUGCAGGAUCUGCCUAGGGUCUUGCCAGACCUCCUGGACGCCAUGCUGGGGAACCUGCUGGCAGAGUCCCCAGACACCGACAGGCUCCAAUACAUCUUGGAGCACAUUAACUACUGGAUCGUGUCCAGGGUGCCGCGAGAGAGAGCCAGGGCCGUUAAGAGCAGCACGGCCCUGCUCAGAUUCACCAUCACCCUCCCUGAGUUUGACAUAAGUGACCUCUGACCCCAGCUUCCUGACUCCAGGCGUAGGUGAUCUGGCUCCAACGGGCUGUAGGAUCUGCUGCUGCAGGGGCUGUGGGUUAGGAGUGUUCCUCUUGGGGAGGCAGAGUCAGAGCAGAGAGUGAGCCUGGCUUGAGUCAAGUUCUUCUUGUCCUAGUUAAGUGGUGACUCUGGGCUUUUAAGGGGACUGUGCUCCAGGUUCAUGCCUCCCUGUCAUCCUGGAGCAGCUGGGGAAGCAAGUCCUCAUGGAGGGCCCUGCCCACAGCCCUGUGCUCCAGGCUUCCUUGGGGGCAGAGGAAAUUAAGGGUCUGGCUCUAGCAUCUCCUGCAGAGGGGCUGAGGGGA